UACGUUCGCAUCAACCUUUCAUGGCCGUUGCGCAGAAUUUACUACAAGUGUUUCCUGACUUGAAGAGGAAAUAGCCGGUUCUUCGGUUACGCCGAGCGGAUGUAUGUGAUAUGAUAGGAUCAAAAAGCACUUAGGAUAUAAUAUUUUCUUGUAAAAAUGGAUAAGCGAGCAAAAGAAGAGGAGCGACUGCGUCUCCACGAACAGAUUAAAGAAUGGAAUGCAAAUAGGCUUGAUCUGUUCGAAUUGAGUUUGCCUAACGAGCAAUUGGAGUUUCAUGGAGUUAUGAGAUUCUUCUUUCAAGAUGAUGGAGCCAAAGUCGCCACAAAAUGCAUUCGCGUAUCAAGCAGUGCCACCACGAGGGAUGUGCUGGACACUUUGAUUGAGAAGUUCCGCCCCGACAUGCGCAUGUUGUCGCUGCCAAAGUACAUGCUGUAUGAGGUGCACGUGAACGGAGAGGAAAGAAAACUGGCCAAUGAAGAGAAGCCAUUGUUGGUCCAACUGAACUGGGGAAAAGAUGACAGAGAGGGAAGAUUUCUGCUGAAGAGUGAAAAUGAAGCCACAGUACCAAUUCAUCAAGCAUCAUCACCAGAGAUUCAACAAGAGAAAGAAAAGGAGAAGGAAAAAGAAGUUAGCUUCAUUCGUAAACUAUCAAAACGAGAAAAGAAGGACAAAAAGAAGAAAGACAAAGAAGCCCGAGCAAAAGGCAAAGAAAAUGAGUCUCCCAAUAAAGAAUCCAGUGUGGCAGAAAAGCUGUAUAAUGAACUGCCAGAGACCAGUUUUACUAGAAGUAUUUCCAACCCAGAGGCAGUCAUGCGACGCAGACGACAACAAAAAUUGGAGAAGAAACUGCAGCAGAUUCGCAGUGCAGAUGGGGGACCAGACCAAGGAGGUACACUGAAGAUCUAUGGGGAGUCCCUGGUCCAUGAUGUCCCCUACAAGACCCUGCUGUUGUCCACUGCGGACACUGCAUACUAUGUGGUCAAGGAGACACUGGACAAGUACGGACUGGACAAAGAGAACCCAGAGGACUAUUGUCUGGUCAAGGUCUACGGCCCUCCGCCGGACAGCCAGGAAUAUCACGGCUCGUUGGAUCGUGAAGGCAUGCGUGAAGAGAUUCUGGACGAUGAUGAGUGUCCACUAGCAAUCCUUAUGCAGCAUCCUCCAUCCAGAGGUGCCAUCACCUACCACUUGAAGAAGAAGCCAGAUGGUUACAAGCAUAUCGUGAAGAGACAAAGGAAGGGGAAGAGACAGGAGGAUGAGUUUUAUGCUGAGCAGAUGAGACAAGAGAGGUUGCCUUACCUGGUCCCUCUUAAUGCAGAUGGCACAGAUCUGCCCAAACCUAAGAAGUACAGACUCCAGUUAAAUGUCACAGAAGUUGGCAGUGAGAGGUCCAACUCCACCAGUGGACAGUACUUACAGCUGUUUGGUCCAACCAUCCAGCCGAGACACUGUGUGAUAGCCCACACAGAGGGUGUGGUCACUGUGACCCCCACCAGCAGAGAGGCAGAGUGCUACGUAGGGGGUCAGAGGAUUGCUGAGACCACCAUGUUGACCAAUGGCGUCACUGUUAGGUUUGGGCGACAUCAUGCUUUCAGGUUCUGUGACCCCAAGGAAGAGGAGCGUCAGAUGAUGAAGCGUCAGAUGCACAGCGAGCCUGCACUGCGUCACCAAGGCAACAGGAACAGGGACGACCCCGCUAAUAACUUUGAGACAACAUUUGACGUAGAUGGUCACAUAGAGACAGUUUCCAGUCCCAGCAAGGAUGGGAUGCCAAGAAUGCCCCCAGGGAUGGAGCCAGGGAUGCCGGAUAUCCUGCCUGCUACCCUGGAGUUCAGGGAGGAAGGUGAAGAUGCUUUCUUGUCAGCACUGAUCAGUGAAGUGAAUGGUGCCAAUGUCCAGUUCAAGCUCUCGCCUACCUACAGCUUAUACAUGGCUACCAGGUACAGGAUAUCACGUGGUUAUCGCCCGGACAUGAGCCCCAACGAGAGGGCCCAUAGGUUGACCGUCUGGUGUGGCAAAGUGGCUACUAUUACACAGAUUGCUAUCCAGGACAAUGGAGACAAUGCCAGUGCCCUGGCUUUCUGGAUGGCCAAUGCCUCCGAGCUGCUUCACUUCUUUAAACACGACAGAGAAAUUGGUCCGUUCACCCUGGAGGCCCAGGACAUACUGGCAGAGGCCGUACAGCUGGCCUUUAAACAGCUGACCCUAUGUCUACAGGGAGAUCUGCGCCAUGUUAUGCCUGCCUUUCUUCAUGACCGCGAUGAUGAUGAAGAGGAGGAUAAUGUCUUCACAGAUAACGCUGAUGUUGAUGAAAGGGGACAAUCACGUCAGAGUAGAGGCCUAGGUGCAGUACUACAGACACUGUCUUCCGCCAUGUCUUUGCUGCGGCGCUGUCGUGUGAACGCUGCGCUGACCAUUCAGUUGUUUUCGCAGCUGUUUCAUUAUAUCAACAUGUGGCUCUUCAACCAAGUGGUCACAGAGCCCCACCUACAGCUCUGCUCACGCACCUGGGGGCUGCGUUUCAAACGUCGCUUAGCUCGUGUGGAGGCAUGGGCAGAGAAACAAGGUCUGGAGCUGGCGGCUGACUGUCACCUGUGCAGAAUUAUACAAGCUGCCCAUCUGCUGCAGGCACCCAAGAGCAGCCCAGACGACAUUGCCAGCAUCAGCUCCGCCUGCUUCAAACUCAACUCCCUUCAGCUGCGCGCUCUCCUCCAACACUACAUCCCCAGCCAGGGGGAGCCACGUAUCCCUCAAGACCUGAUAGACAGUGUGGUGGCCGUGGCAGAGAACACAGCUGAUGAGCUGACCCGCAGCGAUGGCCGGGAUGUUCGUCUGGAGGAGGAUCCGGACCUGAACUUGCCGUUCUUGCUGCCUGAAGAUGGCUACUCCUGCGAUGUGAUCCGAGGAGUGCCUGGCGGACUGCCGGAGUUUGUGGACCCUCUCUGUCAGACAGGUCUGUGUCGCCUGACCCUGCAGCCGAUGUCGUCCGGCCUGUGGACCAUCUAUAUGCCUGACCAGGACCCCAGCGCCAUGUCACAUGAGAGCCUGUCUGGGAGUCCCCCUGGUCUACCCCAGGAUGUGCUGCCACCUGGACUACCUAAGGACCCCGAGAUUAUCAAUGUGACCUUUCAGAAGGUCGGCGGCAGUAUGGGGCUCAGUAUUGUAGCAGCCAAGGGCGAGGGGCAGAAAGAUCGUGGAAUUUACGUCAAGUCUGUGGUAACAGGAGGGGCGGCUGCUUUGAAUGGUCAGCUCCAGGCAGGUGACCAAUUGUUGGAGGUGGACGGCAAAAGCCUGGUGGGACUCACACAGGAAAAAGCUGCAGAAUUGAUGACCAAAACUGGCCACACGGUGACCCUCCGAGUGGCCAAACAGGGUGCUAUCUACCACGGUCUGGCCACCUUGCUGAGCCAGCCAUCCCCAGUCAUGCAGAGAGCUUCCCCUGCCAAGCGUGUCACUCCCCAGGGUGGGGGCAAGCCACGCCCAGUGAGUGAAGGCAGGUUUGAUAUGAAUGGACCCAAAGAUGGCAGCCCCAUGAGACAGGUGGCCCCUGAUCAGAGAGAUGGAGGACCCCCAGCACACAUGGAACCCAGACCUCUCCACCAACAGGGCCAGUACAGGUCCUCACCAGCACUUGCAAAGCGCACCAGGUCCCUGUCUGUUCCGGACUACUUUGAACUGACCAGCGCACGGAGGUCGGGCACAGUCUCCGUUAACAUGAAAGACAUUGUCCGAGAAGCUGAACUUCGUGACAUGCAGGCACGGAGGGACAAUGAAGUGCUUCAGGGUCAUCUCAAUGAUAGUAUUAAGAAAAACAAGGCAAAAACUUUGCCAAGACCUUUACGUAAACUCUCUGAAAAGAGUGACAGAAACAACAACUCUCAGAGGCCAGUCCGGAGACAUUCUAUUCACUCUGGCUCUAUCAGCCCUAAGUUGUUGGAUAUUAUACAACAGGCUGAGCGUCGGGACGAGAAGGCUCGUAUCUAUAGUGACGUAGUAGAGGGAAGGUUUCACACAAGGAGCCUGUUCAGUAAAAGCCUUACUUCUCUCUAUACUGAAGACAAUCAGCAGCAGUCCCGCGACAACUUGCACAAUGCCUCCACAGGAAACAUCAGAGACGCCCCCUAUAGGCAGCCCAUGCUGAACAGCCAGUCGCAGCAACAACUGCGCAUGCAGGAUCCUCCACACGACCCUUCUAUGAGGUCACAGUCUGUCAGUAAUUUGAAAAAUGAGCCUCCACGCGACGACAGAAUGCGUGGCAUGUCAACAAGCACUCUUCCACGUGCCCAGCAGUCGAGAGGUGAGAUGGCGCGUCAUGCUGCCUCUCAGCCUGACCUUAACACCAGGGAUAACAGAGACUAUGUGAAUGAUGUAAGAGAUAGGAACAACUAUGAGAACUUCCAGCAGCCCUAUGCAGACCACAUGCGUAAUGAGCGCCAUGAGAGGCCACAGUAUCAAGAGAUUCAGAAAUAUCAGCAACCACAGCACCCACGAGAUUAUGGCAACAGACCAGGGCCGCAGGAAAUGAACUAUCCACCAAUGAGAGAACAACAAGCCAACCAACAGAAUCAAAUGCGCAAUGAUAGACCGAGGUCAGACAUUUAUGCUCAAGAUAGGUUGGAUGUCAAUCAGAACAGACCACGGUCAGAUUUUAUUGAUCCUAACAAAGUCCCUAACUGGCAGCGCGACCAUGGACCACCAUCUUCUAGCUACAGUCAGCAAGAUAUACCCCGCUCUCCAGCUCAUAAUCAGCAAAUGCAGCCUCAUUUCUACCAGAACACACAGCCGCGAGAGCGCAGUCUCACCCCGCCUUACGACCAGAUGAGGCGUCCAGCAGAAAUGCAGCAGCAGAUGAGACGUGAGACCCCCGCGGUGGCCCCUAAACCCUCUGUGGCCCCCAAGCCCAGGGACAGGGUGGCCCCCCAGGAGGUGCCCAGAAUGCAGGUAGAUAACAGGAAAACACAGCCUAAUUUCUUUGAUCCCAGACAGGCCCCACGCGAGCCAGCGUACGGCCAUGGUGGCCCUAGUUACCCCUCUCCACCUCAGCCACAGCAACAACAGCCUCAGCCUCCUGGCAUGAGACCCCAGCAGAGCCACUCAGCCACUGAGACUGUCACUCUGCAGCCAGACAGAUACUUGCCACCUCAUGUUCAGCAGGAACUGAUGAGGAGAAGGAAUGAAUCUCCAGAAUUGCCUCCACCCCCACCAGAGAUUGCAGCAGACCUGCCUCCACCUCCAGAAGAGUUACGCUACCACGAUGAUCUGCCUCCGCCUCCCAUGCCAGACCCCUAUGAACACCACCACCCCCGGGGUCCCCAGCCUGGCCCUGCCAGUCCACCAGGGGGACAUGAUGACCGCUAUCGCAGGGAACCAGACAUGAGGCGUGGACCUCCCCAUGAUAUGCCUCGCCAGCAGGGGGAGCCACCAAGAGGACCUGGAGGGUAUCCGCCCCAGAGUCACCCCUCACCACAGCAGUAUGGCAGAUAUCCACCAGAUGGUAGACAGAAGUCCCCUGGGGAGCCCCGCCCCUUUCAUCCCCAGGGGCACCCCCAGCACAGGCCCCAUGAAUCUCAGCAACCACAACCCCAGGAUAUGAGGCGCCCCAGGGCUGGCAGCGAGAGGGAGGAGGGCAGGCAGUGGCAGAAGGACAUAGAAUAUGUGGAGAAUGCUUCACAAAAGAGAUGGCAGAAUCAAAAGCUUUACCAGCAACAGGUACAACCACAACAAGCCCCGUCACAGCAGAGGCCUCCCCACCCUCAGCAACAACAGCACCCUUCUUAUUCCCAGUCCCGCCUCAUGGGGGUAAAGAACGAACCAGUCCAGGAUGCCCCAUCCUCGCCUUCACCCUGGGAGAAGGAUGAGAAGGAAAAGGUGCGAAAACGCCAACAGCAGGAAGUGGGUCGGUACCGAGAUCAGCUGAUAGAGGAGCUGCAGUCCAAGCCGAGCCUGAGCCCAGAGGAGCAGGAGCGACUGAGAAGAUUACGUCUGGAGCAGGAGUUCCAGCGACGUGUGGAGGAGAUGGAGGGAAAAGAUGACGAUGAUGAAGAUACAGAUAUGACAGAUAAAGCAAGAGGUCGGCAGGCCAUGCUGCGGAUGAUGCAGGAGAAUUUGAACACGUCGAAGCAGCGCAUGCAAGACAAAGAUCAGGAGAUCAUGCGACAGCAGCAACAGGCAGAGGCAGAGAGACAGGAAAGACCUUACAUGAACCGACCUGGCCCCGCUCAGGACCCUAGGCAAGAUCGCAUGUUGCAGAGGUUUGAACAGGAGCGUAAUGAGCAGAAAGAGAGGGCAGCACGCCAGCAGGAGAAGAGAGAGAGAGAACAUGAAGAAUAUUUACAGAAACAAAAGGCGGAGGAGGUUGCCCGAGAGCGCGAGCGUUUGCAAGCAGAACAGGAGUUGCGAGAGCGGCAGAGGCGCGAGGCAGCCGAGCACAGAAGAAUGUUGUUGGAAGAAGAGGAACGACUGAAAAGAAAACGGGAGGAGGAAGUUCGUCAAAAACGUGAACAGGAACGGCGUCAAAUGCAAGAAUUACAAGAAGCAAGGGAUGCUGAAGAACGUAGAAUACGUGAAGAAAAUCGCAGACGAGAUGAAGAAAUGGAGCAUCAACGCAGAAUGAUGCAGCAACUUCAAAGGGAACAACAGAUGCAGGAUGAAUAUCGCCAAACUGACCCAUAUGGUAACUACCCCUACGAAGCUGGAUAUUCCAACUACCCGCCCCCUGGUGAGCAGGACAAGUCGGCCACCCUGCCACCUCCCAACCAUAUGCCCAGUGGUAGCGUACCCCCACCACCAGAAAGGAAAUCUUCGUAUGAAUAUCUAAACCAGUAUCAACGUGUACAGCCUAACCUGAACAGUUCUGCCAUGAGGGGUGGCUCAGACACAGCAGGUCCUACCAAGAAAACCGUGUCAUUUGAUACAAAGCCAGCGACUGAGAUGACAUAUAAUAAUGUGGAUCAUGAUCAGUCCCCAGCCUCUCCCCCAGGAAACUUUCCUCCUAAUGGUGGGUUUGAAACACCCAAUGGGCCCUCCACUGCUAAUGGAGACGGUCCCGAGACUCCUAACUAUGCCAAUUUGCCUAGUCAAACCUUCACGACAGGGUCCACCCCUGGGGUGAUAGGGGCUCAGGAGGUGUACCGGGACCCACGCGCUCGGAUUGAAGCCACACGCGCAGCUUCUCUGAAUAAGAAAUCAGGACCUGAAAGAAUGUCGUUUAGGGACAAAAUGAAAAUGUUUGCAGCAGAGGCGGGAGAACUGACCCCACAGGAGAGGACAAAAAGUUCUCGGGCUCAGAAGGAAAUCGAGAGGACAAUGGUGAGCCCUCAACACUGAAGAACUGGGCUGGUGUGUUUUAGAUUUGAGAAAGUUUUGACUGCUUCCAAGACAUCAGGAGCUAACAGUGACAUAAGGUUAAUUGGGCCAGGGGAGUGUACAGGACUUAAUGGGGGUGGGGUGGGGUGGGGGUUUAAGGCAGAGGCGGUUCAUACAUUGAACAUGAUGACAUUGUUAUCAAGGAAAUUGUGACAGAAGCAUGGGUUUGAACUAGUAGGACAUGGUGGUAUUCAUACAUGGAUUGGAAGCAUUCAUUGUAUAUAGCAUCCAAUUUUAAACAAAUUAUUUUACUGCACUUAAAAACUUGGAGGUCACUUGGACAGCAGAGGUUGUCACUGUACAGACUUCACAUACACAUUUAAAUGUAUAGAGUUCUUACCAUAUUAUGUACAGGCUCAGUAGCUUGCUUGAAAUAUGAAAAUUACUGACUUACAAGUACUCUUGCAAUGGGUUGGCAAGAUGAAUUGUUGCCUAGGUUACCCUCAUUAUUGCCAUUGAUUGGUCAACAUUAGAUGACUGUAAAUAUAUAAGUUGGUUGCAACAAGGUGAGAUUUAUAUUGAUCGUUGAUACCCAGAAAAUACAAGUAUUGCUUAGAGUGUUGUGAACUGGUCACUCACUAUCAUUAGGUGCUUUUAGUCUGCUGCAGGUUGAUCUUUGACCAGAACUUGGGAAUGAUGUUCAACAUUUUUCAAAGUUUGUUCUCUUCUGUUUUUGAUGUGAUAACACACAAGUGAACCUUAGCAGUCACCGAGGAGACGAGUUUAAAUCCUCCUUUAUUUUUUUCUUCUUAAUUGGACCUUAUUUUAUUGUUAAUGAUCAUCUUUAUAUAAGAAAAGCUGCAGUGGGAAAUUUAUGGGGGCUGUUCUUACAAAUUAUGAGACAAAUGCAGAUUGUAUAUUAUAUUCAAUGUGAAGUAGAUUUUUAUAUUUGCAUAUAAUUGAAGUUAUCUGCUGCCUGUGAUUUCAUCGCAUUGCCUUCAGUCCGUUGACAGUAUGCAGAUUAUCUCAUUCUUAACUAGGGUCCAGUCUGUAUCUAAACGUCCAUCUUUGUAUAUGCAACUAAUUAGCUUGUCUUGGCAAUUUGCUCACCCAGAUCCGAUGUGGUUCAUCUGCCUGAUAGGGAAGGGGACUUUUGUACAUGCCUUUACCUUUUAUUCCACUUUGAAUGGUAUAUUUUUGUAUUUUGGAGGUAUGGCUUAUAUUAUACAAACCAGAUUAUGUGACAUGAAAGCAUGGGCGUAUUAGAAUAGCUGUUUAAAAGUUUGAAACCCUCCCUAAUCAUGCUUCUGAUUAUAUCU